ACUUUUAGGCUACUUCAAUCUAGCUAAGCUAGAUUCUAGAAUAGAUCUAGAAAUCUAGAUCUAGAUUGAAAAGUUCGACUCUUUCUAUAAAGAAAUGGAGAAUAAAGAGGUGCCAGAAAAUAACAGCAAUAACGCUGUGCAGAAAAAGAAAAGGCAAAGGAGAAGAAAGAAGAAAGGAAAUGGUGCUGAUGAAGACCCAUCCAAACUCCAAAAUAAUAAUGAUAACAAGGAUAAUUUAAAUAACAGUAAAAAAACAAAAAGCAGAAGGAAACGUGAUGAUAGAUACUAUGGCAGGUUCAAUUGUGGAAAGUGCCGUCGAAACUGGGAUAGUGCUCAUGUUUACACCAUUGGUGGAACUAAGAAAGUGAAAUACAAACAGUGCUGUAAAGUUUGUAGAGAAACGUGGGUCUUCCCCUACCAUAUAGAGUUGCUCAUGUGCAGUCAGUGCAAUUCCCGCCCCUGCCGAUGCACUUGUGAGGAAUGUGGCAAGUUAAAACAUAAAAGAUACAUUAUAAAAAAGACAGACAACCCAGAUGAGCCUGAAGUUGAAAUUGUUGAUCCAAACUUCAAAUACUGCAGAUGUGAGGGAGGGAAAGAUAUCCAGAUAGGUGCUAAUAUUGAUGUUAAAAAGAACCACAUUGCAGAUUUAUGCCAAAAGUGCUUAAAGGGCAGGCCUUGUGGUCGAAGAAUGGAAAAUAAUAGUGAAGAAAAUGAGCAAUAAUAUUAAUAAUAAGGCCUAUAUCAUUGUAUACCAAAACUCUGUAAAACAUUCAUUUGUAUUUCAAACUAUUGGUACCUGUGUAAUUUAACAUUUUAUAAGAAAAUAUAACCAAACAUAUUAUAGACCUAUAAUCAGAUUUUACAUUUGUUAUAGUUAUGGCGGUAUAAUCUUGUUUUUUAUUUUUUAAAAACCAAACUUUUUUAUCAUUGCUUCAGUCUUUCAUGAGUAAUUAUUUUGUUUGUGUAUGCUCUUCUUUUAACUAAUCAAAUACAAUUGUUUACACUUCUUUUUUUUACCUUUUAAUAACCACUGUGAUAAUGUCCUCAUUAUUUAUAUCUCUUAAUGUUUUAAGUGUUUGAUAUAUAUAUAUAUAUAUAUAUAUAUAUAUAUAUAUAUAUAUAUAUAUAUAUAUAUAUAUAUAUAUAUAUAUAUAUAUAUAUAUAUAUAUAUAAAGAGAUACCCAAUGCCUUGGUGAAAAAUGGUAGACUAUUAUUUUGCAUUUCUUGAAAUUAUAAAUCUAUGCAUGUAACAUGCUGUGAUGCUUUUGAAAAUUUAAAAAUCUGUUCUGCCCAAUUUUCAGCUUUAAUCCAUCAAUUGCAGUGAUUGUAAAAUCACCGUGUGAUCCUAUGUACAAUCAUGGUUUCUAUUUACAUCAAUUGAAAUUAAUUAUUUAUUGUUUUUCCUAGUCAGUUUUUCUUUUGAAUGCAUCAUAUUGUAAGAAACGGGAAGCAUAACCUAAAAAUGUACGUGCAAUUUCACAUUUGAUUGUUAAUGCGGGUAAUCUAUCUAUUUUUGAAAGAAAAAAAUAUGAAUUUUGUCUGAUAUGAAGCUAAAUGAACUAUUUAUUAAAGAUUUCCUUAUGUACCCAA